UCACUCCCCACUCCACUCACACACUCGAGCAGUGGCGGUGGUGGUGUGGUUCGCUCCCCACUCACUCACUCACUCACUCACACGCUCUUCGGUCUUCACCCACACACGGCCACGCCUCACAGCUUCCUCACUCCUUUUCGCUUCCAAUUUCCCCACAUAUAAAUCGAGCCAAAAAUACCUUAACCCUCCCUCACUCUUCCCCGAUCUGCCGUAUCUCGCUCCGCAAAAGCCCCGGCCAGAUCCGCCAGAGAUGGCAGCUCGGUCGCCGCCGAGGCCGGUGCUGCUGCUGCUCCUCCUCGCCCUCCUCUGCUGCCACAUUGCGCUGUGCUCCUCCGCUCCGCCGGCGGCCAAGCCCAAGGCCAAGCUCUCCGGCGGCCGCAAGGAGCUCGUCUCCACGGAUGACGACGAGCCGGUCAAGCCGCCCAAGGCCACCGCGGCUGCCGGCAUCAAGAAGAAGGUCCCCUCUGGCGCCAAGAACCAGACCAAGGUUCUGAAAGGCAAGAAACAGGAGGAGUCCACCACGACGCCGACCAAGGUCAGCACCAAGAAGGCGACCGCUAAAGCGGAUUCUACCACGACCAAGAAGCCGGCCACUAAAGCUGCCGGCGAUGCGGGCAAGCCCAAGGUCCCGAAGCUGGACAAGGCGGCGGCCACCGCCAAGCCCAAGACCACCGAUUCCGCCAAGUCCACCAAGGCGGGCGCUGCCAAGCCGGUGAAAUCUGAGGGAGGCGCCCCCAAGGCCAAGAAGCCGUCCAAUUCGACCGCGGAUUCGGCCAAGUCGAGCAAGAAAGCGCAGGUUGUCGCCGACGAGAAGGUGGAUUCGACCAAGUCGACCAAGAAAGCGAAGGCCGUCGUCGCCGACGGGAAGGUGAAGGCGAAUUCGACCGUGAGCGGCAACGAGGCGGCGGGGGUGGAGGAGGACGUGGUGUUCGCGGAGGAGGCGGAGGGGACGGAGGACCUCAUGUCCGAGUUCCGGGGCCUCCCGGCGCGGCUGCAUCAGACGCUCAUGCCGGACCUGGCGCGGCUGUCGUACACGUCCAAGGCCUACCUGUCGGCCGCCAACGCGGGGAUCGCCGGCGGCGUGCGGCCGGUCCUGGGGGGCCGUUGGGGGGCGGCGGCGGCCUCCGCGGCGUCGGUGGCCCUGCUGCUGCUGCCCCUCUUCAUGCUCACCGCGCUGGUGCGGCGCAUGGGCCCGUACCUGCCGCUCCUCCACCGCGCGCUGCUGCUCUCGCAGGCCUACCUCGCCAUCUACUUCGCCACGCUCGCGCUCGCCGCCGCCGCCACGGGGCUGGAGCCGCUCCGCUUCUUCCACGCCGCCUCGCCCGCGGCCUACGCCUGGACGCAGGCCGCGCAGUCGCUCGGCUUCAUGGGCUACCUCGUGCUCCAGAUGGUGGACCUCGUCGCCGUCUUCUCCGGGGCCGCCUCCCCGGAGGAGGAGGAGGGCGGCGCGGACGCCACCAAGGCGCUCGGCCUGGCGCAGAUGGUGGUGGGGCUGGCCGUCGGCCUCCACUACUACGCCGCCGUGUUCCACCGCGCCGCCGCCGGCGAGGCCCCGCGCGCGAACUGGCGCGUGUACGCCGUGUAUGCCGCGUGCUUCGUCAUCAUCUGCGCGUGCGCGCGAGCGGAGAAGCGGAAGAAGGCCUACCUCGCCGGAGCCGAGGAGUGGAAGAAGAGCUGAGGGAUGAAAGCUUUUUUUAGGGGCUUAUGUGCAAACAUUAAAAUAUAGUGAAAGCCGAAGGGCUUGGGUAUAAGAUGGGAGGAGGGGGGGAAUUGGAAGAUCAAGGAGAACAAGAGGAGAAAGGAAAACUAUUCUUUUUCUAAUUUUCACUUUCUCAUUUUGAAUUGGUUUGAGUACAGAGUGGGUGUAAUAACACUAUGGUGCAAAUUAAGCACUAAAUUAGUCAAACUAUUUAGAGCAAUGAUUUUUGA